GUGAAGGCGGCAAAAUGGCGGACCGCUUCUCCCGCUUCAACGAGUACCGAGACUUUCAGGGUAAUCACUUUGAUCAGUAUGAAGAAGGACACUUGGAAAUUGAACAAGCAUCACUUGACAAGCCUAUAGAAUCGCAGUUGGCCCAUAUUAGCUAAGCAGCCAUGAUCUGCAGUGAAUUGAAAACAAGACAAAAGAAAUCGACCAUUAGUGAUUGGACAGUUUCUUACUUUGUGUUACAUUUAACUGUUCUUUUGACAGCCCAGUUUUUAAAGCCAGGAUAAUAUUGGACAUCGCUUACUCCAGAAACAUGGGUGGAAGCUGGGCCAGGGAUUGGGAAAAUCUCUACAGGCAUUUUGAUCCUGGACUUGUUGUGGUGAUGGUAAACUUAGCAGUGGGAGAACAGAUCCCAUUCCAAUUGUUGUCAAGUAUGAUGUCAUGGGCAUGGGCCGCAUGGAAAUGGAGCUCGAUUAUGCCGAAGAUGCUACCGAACGGCGCCGUGUCCUAGAAGUGGAAAAAGAAGACACAGAAGAGUUGAGACAAAAAUACAAGGAUUAUGUUGACAAGGAGAAGGCAAUUGCCAAAGCAUUAGAAGACCUCAGAGCGAACUUUUAUUGUGAACUAUGUGAUAAACAGUAUCAGAAACAUCAGGAAUUUGACAACCAUAUCAACUCCUAUGAUCAUGCACACAAACAGAGAUUGAAAGAUCUCAAGCAGAGAGAGUUUGCUCGAAAUGUUUCAUCAAGAUCCCGUAAAGAUGAGAAGAAACAGGAAAAAGCCCUUCGACGACUCCAUGAGUUGGCAGAGCAAAGAAAACAAGCUGAAUGUGCACCAGGAAGUGGGCCCAUGUUCAGACCAACAACAGUGGCCGUAGAUGAAGAAGGUGGAGAAGAUGAUAAAGAUGAAUCAGCUUCAAACAGUGGUACAGGUUCCGCGGCCACUUGUGGUCUGGGAUCUGAAUUCUCCACAGAUAGAGGAGGCCCUUUCACAGCAGUACAAGUCACUAAUACCCCAGGACUGGCACAGGCUCCUGGCUUAGCCUCCCAAGGUAUCAGCUUUGGCAUUAAGAAUAAUCAAGGAACACCACUGCAAAAGUUGGGAGUAUCAUUUUCCUUUGCCAAGAAGGCUCCCGUCAAACUUGAAUCAAUCGCAUCGGUUUUCAAAGACCAUGCAGAGGAAGGAACGUCUGAAGAGGGAACAAAAGCUGAUGAGAAAGGUUCUGAUCAAGGAGUGCAGAAGGUAGGAGAUUCUGAUGGAAACAGUAAUCUUGAUGGAAAGAAAGAGGACGAAGAUCCUCAGGAUGGAGGGUCCCUUGCUUCAACAUUAUCUAAGUUAAAAAAAAUGAAGCGAGAAGAAGGAGCUGGAGCUACAGAGCCGGAGUAUUACCACUAUAUCCCGCCAGCUCACUGCAAGGUGAAACCUAACUUCCCCUUUCUGCUUUUCAUGAGAGCUAGUGAACAAAUGGAAGGUGAUAAUAGUACUCAUCCAAAGAGUGCCCCCGAGAGCAAGAAAAGCAGUUCUCCCAAACCUAAAGGCUGUGGCAAGGUGGCCCCAAGCCAAGGAGCGGAAAAGGCAAUUAGUGAAGCCCCCGAGCAGCAGGCAGAAGUCGGUGUGGCGGAGCCUUCUGAGCCAGGAAGCAAAGAUGAGCCAGAGUCGGCAGAGCACGUCCAUGAGCGCAGUUUGGAGAGUCAGACUCAGAAGGCUCCCGAAACCCCAGUGUGUGACUCUGACCCUUCUAAAGAAGCCCCUCAGGCCACCGCAGCAGGGAAAGAAAGCCAGGAGGGACCCAAACAUCCCACCGGCCCCUUCUUCCCAGUUUUGAGCAAAGAUGAAAGCACUGCCCUCCAGUGGCCGUCGGAACUAUUGAUUUUCACCAAGGCAGAACCCUCCAUUUCAUACAGCUGUAACCCGUUGUAUUUUGACUUUAAACUUUCAAGAAACAAAGAUAACAGAGCAAAAGGGACAGAAAAGCCAAAGGAUGUAGGCAGCUCUUCAAAGGACCAUCUCCAAGGCCUUGACCCUGACCCUGGUGAACCAAAUAAAAGCAAGGAGGGUGUCGAGAAUGCGGAACACACCUCAGGCGGAAAAGUGGAUGCACCUGCUUCAGCGUCUGCCUGUAGCAUCCCGAGUAAGCAGGAGCCUGGGGGCAGCCACGGGUCCGAGACAGAAGACACCGGGAAAAGCCUUCCUGGCAAGAAAGAACGGUCCGGCAAGUCUCACCGACACAAAAAGAAAAAGAAACACAAAAAAUCCAGCAAACACAAACGGAAACACAAGGCUGACCCAGAGGAGAAAAGUUCAAAGGCAGAGUCUGGGGAGAAGUCUAAGAAACGCAAAAAAAGAAAACGGAAGAAGAAUAAGUCAUCAGCCCCGGCCGAUUCCGAGCGGGGACCCAAACCAGAACCUCCUGGAAGUGGUAGCCCCGCACCCCCAAGACGACGGCGAAGGGCCCAGGAUGAUUCGCAGCGGAGAUCCCUGCCAGCUGACGAAGGGAGCAGCGGCAAGAAGGAUGAGGGGGGCGGGGGCAGCUCGCAGGAUCACGGCGGGAGGAAGCACAAAGGUGAGCCUCCAGCUUCAUCCUGCCAGCGAAGAGCGAGUGCCAAGCGCAGCAGCAGAUCUAGUCACCGGAGUCGCCCGAGCAGUGGGGAUGAGGAUAGCGACGAUGCUUCACUGCACCAGAAGUCUCCAUCCCAGUACAGUGAGGAAGAGGAGGAGGAAGACUCGGGGAGCGAGCAAUCCCGCAGCCGCUCCCGCUCUGCCCGGCGGCACCCCUCUCACCGGUCCUCCCGGCGCUCCUACUCCAGCAGCUCCGACGCGUCCUCAGACCAGAGCUGCUACAGUAGAGAGCACAGCUACUCAGAUGACAGCUACAGUGACUACAGUGACCGCUCACGGAGACACUCCAAGCGCUCCCAUGACUCGGAUGACUCAGACUACGCCAGCUCCAAGCACCGGUCCAAACGGCACAAAUACUCGUCGUCCGAGGAUGACUACAGCCUCAGUUGCAGUCAGUCCCGGAGCCGGUCUCGCAGCCACAGCAGGGAGCGUUCAAGAUCCAGGGGCCGAAGCCGCAGCAGCAGCUGUAGUCGCAGCCGGAGCAAACGGAGGAGUCGCAGCACCACCGCGCACAGCUGGCAGCGAGGCAGGAGCUACAGCAGGGACCGCAGCCGCAGCACCAGGAGUCCUUCCCAGAGGUCAGGCUCCAGGAAGGGGUCCUGGGGUCACGAGAGCCCCGAGGAGAGGCGUUCGGGUCGGCGUGACUUCAUCCGCUCGAAAAUUUACCGUUCCCAGUCUCCCCACUAUUUCCGAUCAGGCCGGGGAGAAGGUUCUGGAAAGAAAGAAGAUCUCCGAGGAGACGAUGGUAAAGGGACAGUCAUCCCCUCUCAGAACAACAUUGGCGCAGGAAGGGCCUUAGAAGGGGAUUGCAGCCCUGAAGACAAGAACUCCAUUACCGCCAAACUGCUGCUGGAGAAGAUCCAGUCCAGGAAGGUAGAAAGGAAAUCCAGCGUGAGUGAGGAGGUGCUGGCUACCCCUGGGAAAGCUGGGCUUAAACUCAAGGACCCCCCACAAGGCUACUUCGGGCCCAAGCUCCCCCCUUCUCUCGGCAGUAAGCCUGUCCUACCACUGAUAGGGAAGCUACCAGCUACCCGGAAGCCCAACACCAAGAAAUGUGAAGAGUCUGGCUUGGAGAGAGCGGAAGAGCAGGAACAGUCAGAGACGGAGGAAGGGCUCCCGGGGAGCAGCGAGCCCUCAUUUGGACAUCAGUUCCCCUCAGAGGAAACAGGUGGCCCCUUAUCAGACCCUCCCCCAGAAGAGCCAAAGUCUGAAGAAGCUACUGCUGACCAUCCUGUGGCUCCCCUUGGCACCCCAGUGCACUCUGACUGCUAUUCUGGGGACCCAGUUAUCUCCCAUAACUACCUCCCUGACCCCAGUGACGGGGACACCCUAGAGUCCCUGGAUAGUGGUAGUCAGCCGGGACCUGUGGAAUCCAGCUUGCUGCCCCUCGCCCCAGACCUCGAACACUUCCCUGGUUACGCCCCUCCCAGUGGGGAGCCGAGUAUCGAGUCGGCCGACGGGGCCGAGGAUGCCUCCCUGGCGCCCUUGGAGAGCCAGCCCAUCACCUUCACCCCCGAGGAGAUGGAGAAGUACAGCAAACUCCAGCAGGCCGCGCAGCAGCACAUUCAGCAGCAGCUCCUGGCCAAGCAAGUGAAGGCCUUCCCGGCCUCCGCCGCCCUGGCCCCGGCAGCCCCAGCCCUGCAGCCCAUUCACAUUCAGCAGCCAGCCACCGCCUCCGCCACCUCCAUCACCACUGUGCAGCAUGCCAUCCUGCAGCACCACGCGGCCGCGGCCGCCGCUGCCAUCGGCAUCCACCCCCACCCGCAUCCUCAGCCGCUCGCCCAGGUGCAUCACAUCCCCCAGCCGCACCUAACCCCCAUCUCCUUGUCCCACCUCACCCAUUCCAUCAUCCCCGGCCACCCCGCCACCUUCCUCGCAAGCCAUCCUAUCCACAUCAUUCCCGCCUCGGCCAUCCACCCGGGGCCCUUCACCUUCCACCCCGUGCCGCACGCCGCACUCUACCCGACUCUGCUGGCUCCGCGGCCUGCCGCCGCAGCUGCCACCGCUCUCCACCUCCACCCGCUCCUCCACCCCAUCUUCUCAGGUCAGGACCUGCAGCACCCCCCGAGCCAUGGCACAUGAGUUGGGGGCAGGGAGCCCAGGUGGGGCCCAUGAGAUGGCCCAUACCUUCCCUCGAGGGGUGUGGGGCCAUUCAUACCAGCAGGUGGAAGCUGGAUGGGCAGUGUCUAACAGCCAAAGAGUCUCUAAGUUUUGGCUUGUGGCGGCGGUUCAGAUUUUGAGGUUUGCUUUCGGUUGAUUAUCAGGGAUUUUUUUUUCCCUUUCCCCCUUUCUCUCUGCCCCUCCCUCUCCUGUGUUUCUAAGCUUGGGAACAUAUCGGCACAUGCUGCCCGCCCUCUGCAGCAACACCUCCAGACCUCGAGGUUAGAUGCUCCCCCUUCCCGCCUCCGCUUGGCCACCUUCCCCUUCUGUAAAGUCGAACAUGUCGUCCGCCUCCCUGGCUGGCGGGUUGUCCAUCUGGUCCUGCCUUCUCAGUGUCUUUGACCGCCCCUUGGUGAAGCUUACGUUAUCCCAGAUGAGGUGGAAAGGGAGGCGGACCUGGAUUCAGAUGCUCCUCAGGCCAUCAGCCAGUCAGCCCACUUCCCGCAGACAGCCACGCACCUGGCACCCUUGUCCCAC